AUGUCUUCUCGCAGAGUGGUAAUAACAGGUUUAGGCUUAGUUACACCUUUAUCAAGUGGUGUAGAAUCUUCAUGGAAAAAAUUAAUCAAUAGUGAAAGUGGUAUAAUAUCUUUAAAAUCAAGUGAUACUACCAGUAAACCUGGUGUUAAUCAAACCCCUGAAGGAAAGGUGGGAAAAUUUAAUGAAUUAUCAUCAACUGUUGCCGGAACGGUAAAACCUGGAAAAUAUAAUUAUGGAGGUUUUGAUCCAAAAGAAUGGUUAGAUCCUGGGGAUGAAAGAAAAAUGUCAUUAUUUACUCAAUACGCUAUUUGUGCUGCAAAACAAGCUUUGAAUGAUGCUGAAUGGGCUCCCUUAUCAAAUUUUGAAAAAGAGAGAACUGGUGUGUGCAUAGGAUCAGGAAUUGGGAGUCUUGAAGAUGUUAUCUCAAAUACUAUGACAUUUGAAAAUUAUGGACCGAAGAAGGUAAGUCCAAUGUUUGUGCCAAAAAUAUUAAUAAAUAUGGCCGCAGGUCACUUAACAAUGAAAUAUGGAUUUCGUGGGCCAAAUCACGCAGUAUCUACAGCAUGUACAACUGGGGCACACGCUAUUGGCGAUGCAAGUAGAUUUAUUCAGUUUGGAGACGCUGACGUUAUGAUUGCCGGUGGAUCUGAAGCUAGCAUAUUACCUUUGACUAUUGCUGGAUUUGCAAAAGCCAAAUCAUUAGUCACUAAAUAUAAUGAUAUGCCAGAAGAAGCUUCGAGACCAUUUGACCGAGAUCGAGAUGGAUUUGUCAUCGGUGAAGGCGCUGGAGUAGUAGUACUUGAGGUUUGUCAAGGUGCACAUAUGUAUGCUGAAAUUCGAGGUUAUGGAUUAUCAGGUGAUGCAUAUCAUAUGACAGCUCCACUAGAAAAUGGAGCUGGAGCUGAAUUGGCUAUGCGAAGAGCAUUAAAGCAUGCUAAAUUAUCACCAAGUGAUAUUGAUUAUGUUAAUGCUCAUGCUACAUCAACCCUAUUAGGAGAUCUUGCUGAAAAUCGUGCAAUCAAGUCAAUUUUUGAAAACUCUGGUGCAUCUCAUAAAUUAGCGGUAUCAUCGAUCAAGGGAUCCAUAGGCCAUUUAUUAGGAGCUGCUGGUGCUGUUGAAGCUAUAUGUACUAUUUUGGCAAUAUAUCAUAAUAUUCUUCCGCCAACUCUAAAUCUUCACAAUCCUGGUGAUCCUGCUUCUGAUUUUUUAUCUUUCAAUUACGUUCCAUUAAAUGCGCAACAGCAUCCCGGUAUUAGAGCUGCGUUGACAAAUUCAUUUGGAUUUGGAGGAACUAAUGCAUCUUUAUGCUUUACAAAAU